GCUGCCGGGAGCCUCCUGGAAGCGUAACGUGACGGCGACACUUCCUCGGCACUCGCGCGAUGGCAUCGGCGGCGGCGGUGUUGGGUGCUGGAGCCGCCGAGAGCGUGCUGCCGGCUUCCCCUAACUGGUAUUGCAGCCGAUGCAGCGACGCUUCCCAGGACGGGCAUCUCUUCGGCUUCGCGGCUCGUCACAGCGUGUGUCUCCUGGAGGUCCGCCCUACCGCUCCCACCUUUUAUGGGGAAUUAAUAGGCCACACUGAAAGAGUUUCUGGCUUCACAUUUUGCCCCUAUCCUGGGCAACACUACUAUUGUGCCAGUAGCUCUGAUGAUGGAGCUGUGAAAAUUUGGAAUGUCCAGACUUUGACUGUAAUGAUGGAACAUACACUACAUCAGAAUACAAUUUCUGCAUUGCACUGGUCACCCAGAGCAAAAGAUCUUAUUGUAUCAGGUGAUGAGAAGGGGAUAGUGAUUUGUUACUGGCAUAAUCGAAAUGACAGUCAACAAUUUUUUCCAGAACCUAGAACUAUAUUCAGUCUUACUUGUUCUCCUCACCAUGAAAAUCUGAUAGCUAUUGGCUAUAAGGAUGGGAUUGUGAUUGUUAUGGACAUCAGCAAAAAGGGAGAUAUUGUUCAUCUGAAAUUUCAUUCUGGAAUUUCUCCUUUAUUUUGA